AUACGUCAUAAGCGCACUGCACGUAAGCUUGAAGUUGCAUUUUGUCCAUCGCACUGUGAAUUUCAUGCUAAAAAGUAUGGCCCUUUAAAUGGCUAAGACUUCGCUCUUUGGAAGUUGUGAACAGGAAAGCAAUUUACAUGUUCUGCAGCGGUUAAGUGAUAAACAAAGUGCUGCACCAGGUGAGCAAACAGUCAGUCGGAGCAACCGGGAGCACUGGAGCGAUUUCCAGCCUCAGCACAUGUGAGAAACUUUUGGAUUUUAACAGCACCGAAGAGCAGCUAACAGAGUCGGCAGAGGACAGCAUGUGGCGAAAUGAAAAGUAUGAAUCUGUCCCUUUGGAUGUGAGGGGGAUUGAGGAAGACAAUUCAAAAGGCACAAGUGACUCUGGAUACCCUCAGCAUGACUCUGCUCUCCGGAACACUCGAAAGAUCGAUGAGGGACCUAGGCACUCGAAACAAGAGCCAUACUUCGAGGAUGGCCAGAGGCGUAUAGAUUACGUCCUCACCUACCAGGUCCAGAAGCCCCAGAGCACUCACAGGCAAUCAUCCCACUCAUGCUGCAGGGGCCUGAGAGAAAGCAUGGGCCGCAGAUUCAGACGUGAGCGGGACAACCCAUCAGCUCAAGAGGACCCUGAACUUGCAGCCCAAGGGCAGAGGCUUGAUUACCAUGAAGAUGACCAGUGGCUCCGCAGGGAGGAGUUUGAGGAGAAUCUGCGAGAUAUGGGACUUGAGAUGGAGAAAGAAGAAGGGUUUAAAAUUUCAGGUGUGGGAUUUUUGAAGAUCCAUGCACCUUGGGAAGUCCUUUGUCGAGAGGCAGAGUUUAUGAAGCUCAAGAUGCCAACAAUAAAGAAAUAUGAAGUAAGUCAGGGAAGUAACAUUGUGGAGAAGAUCAACAUGUUUAUGCACAAAGUUACUGCACCAUUGCAGCCAAAAGUUGGGGAGAAUCGAAUGCAAAAUGAGAAACAUCUCUCCUAUCCAUUCUCACGGGAAAAACAGCAUCUCUUUGAUAUAUCAGACAGAAGUUCAUUCUUUGACAGCAAAACCAGGAGUUCAAUAGUAUAUGAGAUUUUAAAAAGAACAAAGUGCACACGGGCGAAGUAUAUAAUGGGCCUCAGCAGUCUACUUGCUAAUGGUAUCUACACUGCUGCCUACCCCCUGCAUGAUGGAGAUAUCGAUGAUGUGGAUGCUGAACCAAAUGACAGAAAGCUCUUGUGUGAGGAGUGGGCGAGUUACAGCAUAUUCUACAAGUACCAGCCCAUUGGACUGAUCAGGAAGUACUUUGGUGAGAAAGUGGGCUUGUACUUCGCUUGGCUGGGUGUGUACACUCAGAUGCUAAUCCCUGCAGCAGUCGUGGGCGUCAUUGUGUUCUUAUAUGGCUGUGCCACUGUGGACGACAACAUACCCAGCAUGGAGAUCUGUGACGAGAGAAAUAACAUCACCAUGUGUCCACUGUGUGACCGAGCCUGCAGUUACUGGAAGCUGGUGACCGCCUGCGGCACGGCGAGGGCCAGCCACCUGUUCGACAACGCCGCCACUGUCUUCUUCGCCAUCUUUAUGGCACUAUGGGCCACCAUGUUCAUGGAGCACUGGAAGAGAAGACAGAUGAGACUCAAUUACGUUUGGGAUCUGACCGGCUUCGAAGACGGAGAGAGUCAUCCCAGAGCAGAGUACGAGUUUCGUGUCUUGAAGAAGGCCAGGAAGAAAGUGCUGUCCACACAGCCAGGAAAAGAGAAGCUGACAUGCACUGACAGAAUGCCAGCAUAUAUGACCAUUAUCAUCAUGAUGAUUUUUCUGAUCUGUGUGACGUUGGCCAUCGUGUUUGGCGUGGUGCUGUACAGGAUCUCCAUCAAGACUGCCCUGCACAUGAGCUCAACGUCCACAUUCCGUUCGAAUGUACGGGCCACCGUUAAAACCACUGCGGCUGUCAUCAAUCUCAUCAUUAUCAUCAUCAUGGAUGAGAUCUACGGAGCAAUCGCACGCUGGCUCACUGUUCUCGAGGUGCCAAAAACAGACAAAAGUUUCGAGGAGAGGCUGAUCUUCAAGACGUUCAUCCUAAAGUUUGCGAACGCAUUUACCCCCAUUGUGUACCUGGCAUUCUUCAGAGGCCGGCUCAUCGGACGUCCAGGUAACUACAUAUACGUCAUGGGGUCAUACCGGAUGGAAGAGUGUGCCCAUGCCGGCUGUCUGAUGGAACUGUGUAUUCAGCUCUGCAUCACCAUGCUUGGCAAGCAGCUCAUCCAGAACAACCUGUUUGAGAUUGGCAUACCGAAACUGAAGAAACUGCUCCGGCAACGCAAGAUGGAUUCAAAGCAGCAGGAAGAGUUUAACAAAACGCUUCAUCGCCACGAGAAGGACCACUUCCUUGGGCCCUUUGUGGGACUCAAUCCAGAGUACAUGGAAAUGAUCAUCCAGUUUGGGAUGGUGACCUUGUUUGUGGCCUCCUUCCCUCUGGCUCCCCUCUUCGCUCUUCUCAACAACGUCAUUGAGAUCCGACUCGAUGCCAAAAAGUUUGUCACAGAGCUGAGACGACCUAUCGCAAUGAGAGCAAAAGACAUCGGAAUCUGGUACACCCUUCUGAGAGGACUAAGUAAAGUGGCAGUCAUUGUUAAUGCUUUCGUGAUCUCAUUCACUUCUGACCUCAUCCCACGGCUGGUCUAUCAGUACAUGUACAGUCCAGACGGGACUCUUCAUGGCUUUGUCAACCACACCCUCUCGUACUUCAAUGUUAGUCAUUUUCAGCCGGGCACAGAACCGCUUGAGCCUUUGCACCUGGGAUACAGUGUGGAAAUUUGCAGAUAUAAAGAUUACAGGGAUCCUCCGUGGUCUGACACACCAUACGAGUUCUCCCGAGAAUUCUGGGCAAUUCUGGCUGCCCGGCUAGCUUUUGUCAUUGUCUUUCAGAAUGUUGUAAUGCUGAUGAGUGACUUUGUGGAUUGGCUGAUCCCAGACAUUCCCAAAAACAUUAGCCUCCAGAUACACAAGGAGAGGAACCUCAUCGUUGAGCUUUUCAUGAAGGAGGAACAGGGAAGGAAGUACAGGAAUACUCUGAGUGAACAAAGCCCAACGCAACUUCGGUCUCGCCCCAGCUCGCAAGCAUAGCCCAUCUUCGCUCACUUAUCCCAGUGCUGAGAGGGAAUCACUUAUACUGCCCGUCCCAGAGGCUGCGGUUAACUCAAUACAGCUCUGGUGACCCUCUCAAAAGCUGAAUGACAACAUGGAAAGGCUGUAGAAAACUUGGUCUGAGAGGACGAUGGCACUUAGGACCGAAUUUGAUACAAGAAAUGUUACGUGACGGCAAUCUCACUUGCACACCAGAAAGAAGUUGCGACAAAAAAAAUAUAUAUAAUAAUAAUAAUAAUAUUUUCUAUUAGCUACAUAUAAUAUCUGCAGGUGGGUUUAUUUGGAAAUUUGGCUCUAGGGUGCGUAUUGUUGUUUUAUUUGUUGACUGAAGAAUAGUGUACAAGUUUUUGUGAAGUAGCUCUGCUGUGGCAUUUAUGGAGAGAGCGUUUUAUUUAGAAAUACAGUGCUUUUAUAUGAAUUUUUAACAAAUGAAUAUGUUACAUUUAUGUUUAAGUGAUCAGUAGGUUAGGACUGAUACCAACUCAAAGUUGCUUAAAGUGCUUUUUUAAUUAUUUACUAUGAGACAUUUCAUUCAGGAUCAUUCUGGUCAAGUGAAUUAGCAGUUAUUAAGAACAUGCAAUCCUCACUUGGUCGUUUUUAGUUGUCUAGUCUUAUCUAGUACAUGUGGUGAUGUUUUCAACGGAGGGAUAUCGACUGAUCCACAUGAUUUUGGACCGUGCACAUGAAAUGAAAUGCUUGUUUUUUUUAGGUUGUGCAUCUGAAAAUGCCAUGUGUUUGUCCUGGGAUAGGGUAUGCUGUAUAUAACAAUGCCAUAAACUUCAAGAGGCCUUAAUAUUGAUGAAAAUGCACUGCAUUUAUUGGUUUCAUAUCAUACAGACAGACUUAAAUGUGUCUCUUGAUUUUGGUCUACCUGUCUGAAUGUUUUCUCUCCCUUGUCUUGAUUCAUGACGUCCAACAAUCUCUGAUUAAAUGAGAACAAAGACUGAAACAAAUGUUACAUUGGUAAGGUAUGUUGCAUGUGUCUUCCAUUCAAAGUAAGCUGAUUAUUUGUGUCUCUAAAAGCUUUUUUACAUAAAUUAUUCUAAUCCAAAUGUAAUAUUCAGCGUCUUGAAAACAAAUUAAUUAUUUUGUGUGUUUGUUUGUGCUUUGAGCAUUAAUUACUACAGAACAUUUUGUAAUUCUUAAAUGCAAAAUUAAAAUUCUUGGAAACAUUUGUUUUUAUCAUACAAAAGACACUACAGCUCUUCUUAUAUUCAAUGUGUACCAAAAAUGCCUUGGUUCCAUCUUUAUUACGAAUAUACAUUGUAAAUCCAUUUUGGGAAUGUUACAUAAUCCACAUACUGUUUAUCUCUGUGAUGAAAAAGAGAAAGCUUUGUCUUUGUCAAUGUAAAGUCGUCAUUAUAGAUUUUCAAUGUUUCAAACUGCUUACUGGGGUUAUGGCUGUACUUUUGCUUUUCAAUUAUGUUUCUUAAAUAAACACGUCCUGCACAUUCCACAUGGGAU